GCAAGAGGAGAACCUAUAAAAAGAUGCUCCUCUUAAUACUGCAGUGUCACUGUGUCCAGAGCAGCUACAUAAAGCUAUGGGGGGAGGAAAUUCAUCACCAAGUCCACCUCCAAGUCCACCUCAGCCACUUUUGAGUGCGCCAUGGAGGAAUCUGCCGCAGAACAAAGAGGAAGAUCUCAAUUUUGUGAAAUCAUACCAACUGUGGAACCAAGACAUCAGUCAUCUCAGAAUUCUUCUCUAUGGACCAGUUGGUGCCGGCAAGUCCAGUUUUAUCAACUCUGUUGACACUGUUUUACAAGGCAGAAUUGCUGGUCGAGCUCCAACAGAUGCAAUCUCUGGGAGCAGCUACACCAAAAAGUACAAAACUUACAAGAUCAGAAAAGGUCAAGGGAGCCAUUAUCCUUUCGUCUUCAGUGACAUCAUGGGCUUUGAGAAAGACACUGACAGAGGAGUUGAUGUGGACGAUGUCAUACUGGCCCUGAAAGGACAUGUGGAAGAAAAUCAUCAGUUCAAUCCCACACAACGGUUGAAGGAGGGUGAUGAAGGUUACAGGUCAUAUCCCACUCCGUGUGACAGAGUUCACGUUCUAGUUUGUGUCAUUCCUGCUGACAAAGUCUCUUUAGUAGAUGAUAAAGUGGUGAAGAAGAUGAGAGAAGUGCGACUGGCAGCCAGUCAACUGGAUAUUCCCCAGCUGGCUAUUCUCACCAAAGUUGAUAUAGCCUGUCCUGAGGUGGGGAAAAAUGUAAACAAUGCCUAUAAGAGCAUCUACCUGAAGGAACAGGUCGACAAAGUAAACACGUUGCUGGGCAUUCCACUAAACAGCAUCUUUCUUGUGAAGAACUAUGAUCCAGAUCCCAACUUCAGUGAUGACAUGAAUGCACUGAUAAUGAGCGCACUGAGACAGAUGAUUACCUUUGGAGACGACUUCCUCAGCGACCUGUAGUCCAACAUUCUGCUGACACAAACCUUGGUCAAAGCAUGACAAAAAAGAAAGUUUGAUGAAUUAUGCAGUCUUUGUUUAUCUUCAUGAAUCAUUUUUGGCUUCUAACCUCUCCUGCACAGUGUUACAUUUUUAUACACAUGUAUGUGUAAGUAAGCUAUGUUAAACCUAAGGUAUUCUAUAAACACAUGCACAGCAGCCUCUUCUUACUACAAUGUAAGAGGAGACAAAAAAGUAUUAUAUUUCAAUGCACAAGUUGAAGGAACUGACGGGAAGGCAUUUCACUGGAGUGUUAUGAUUUGAUGUGGCAAUUGAUUGAAUGAUUGAUUGAUUCAUUCAUUCAUCAGUUGACACUAAUAUAUCAGUAUUAUGUCAUCAUGUGAGGCUUCACUGCAUGACUUUUAGUUGAGUUUAGUAGAUGAAAUUCCUGUAUAAAGUAUAUGUAACGUGUUCAAAACCUGGCUUUGCAAAACUUAUGCAUGUUUGUACUGUGUAAGAUUAAAUGAAAGACACUGAAAUAAAUAAACAUAUGAAUAAAUACACAA